AGCGCAUGGCUGAGCAGUUAAUUGUCCUCUAACUUAGAUGUAUGGGUUAAAAAGUCUUCCGGUUAAACAACAGAAUGGCCCUCCUUUCCCACUGUAAGGACUAAAGGGGACUUUGGGAGACUCAGAAAGGGCCCCAGCGCAUCGUCCUCUCAGCGCCUGCAGCAGGUGGACAGACUAGCACAGACAGUUGGGGUGCCGCGGUUGUCCCCGAGCGCGGUGCUUGCCGCUGUCCCCGCGGGCCACGCCGUGCGCCCCGAAGCUGGGCGGAGCGCUGCGCUCCGCUCUCAGCCCCUGGGUUUCGUAAUCGCGUCGCCGGCGUUUCCGCCCUCCGCCAGCCCCACCUCUGCCGGCCCGCCCUCAACUCCCCGCCGUGCCGAGAAGCAGCCAGGGGACCCGGAGUGGCGGAGCCCCCGCCCGCAGUGGGGACGCCGGGGAGCCGCAGGAUUCCACAUCUAAAGAAGACAGGACCUUGUGCCUGCCUGCCCAAGCCUCUUGCCAGUGCCCCACCAGUCAGAGACUCCGACCUUCACCGAAAGGCCACUUGUUGGUGUCUAGGAUUUCUACCUUUUCCCACCCCAUCCGGUUGACUGAACCCAGGGUGUUGUUACACCUGCCUGUGAGGACUGGUUGGUUAGCAACAAACACGAGCCCCCUGGGGCCUCUGGCAGCGGCCUGAAGCUGGAACCAUCAGGGAACAUGAGCGAGUUUUGGCACAAACUGGGCUGCUGCGUGGUCGAGAAGCCCCAGCCGAAGAAAAAGAGAAGACGGAUUGACCGCACUAUGAUUGGGGAGCCAAUGAACUUUGUCCACCUGACUCACAUCGGCUCUGGGGAGAUGGGGGCUGGAGAUGGACUUGCCAUGACAGGUGCAGUUCAGGAGCAGAUGAGAUCCAAGGGAAACCACCGUGACAGACCGUGGAGCAAUUCUAGGGCCUUGUAGCUCCCAUGGGACUGGUUCUGCAGUCUUGGAGUUCCCAUUCUGUGAUUCUGUGUCCAGCCCAAAAGAAAUGCCACCACCAGAUCCCUUCAACCAGUGACCCAAGGGCCCCCCCUCUUUCUCUCUAACAAGUGCCUCAAAAGGAGUGGGGGCUGGUCUCCCUUUUCUCCCUCUGGCCUCUGCCCCUCCUGGAGAUGGGGGUCAAGGCAGCAGGACUGACCAAGUGACUACUGGUGGGCCAGAGGAGCUCCGCUGAAGCCCUGCACACCCUUGAUCUGAGCUGGGGGUUCUCUGGGAACCUGGAAUGGGUUCCUUGCUCCUGAAUGAAGGUCGGGUGCUACCUGUUUAAACUUCUUGCUUUUAUUCUCUAAUCGAGGCAGGCAGGAGUGGGAGCCACAGCUGAACCCCGAGUUUGCUAAAUUCUUCCUGCUUCCCUGUACUCUUUCCUUCUGGAAUGAACAACACAGAGGUGAUGGGGCUAGGUGACCACUGCCCAGUCCGCUCGGAAUUUCAGACCUUAAGGUCACAGCCCCGCCAUGUCUCUCCGCUGGCACCAGGGUCUUGCUCCAGUUAGGCCUCUAAUCCCAUGCUUCUGUAGUAUUAAUAGCUUCCCAGAAUUUUUUUUUAAUUAAAAUUUUAAUUUGAGUUCUUUUAAUUACCCCCAUCUUGCUAUCUCUGUCUUUUCCCUGACCCUUUAAGAAACUUUAGGUUUCCCAUUGAGUAAGAGUUAAGGGAUGGAUCUUAACUUGACCACAUUCCAUUUAAGACUUGGAGUCCUGGCCUGCCCUCUGUCAGCCCCCCUGCUGGCCCAGGUGAAAGGAAGAGGAGGGUUCCAGAUAAAAAGCCAGGAUGUAGCAAAAUUAGCUGUAUCUCAGGGUCAACUUCCUGUGAGGGUGGUGAGGUAAAUAGGUUGAAAGCGCUCUUUGGAGUACAGGCCCUCGGUCCUUUAUGGAAGCGUGGCUUUUCAACUCCAACACUUGAAAAUAGCUUGGACAGUUUGGGCUGCACAGUGCUUUGUAAUGGGGAGGGCUGUUCUGCACAGACUACAGCAUCUCUUCCCCACCCCCGACCCCCUGCCCAGUGUGGCAACCAAAAUAUCUCCAGAAAUUGCCAAAUGUCUCCCAGGGAUGAAGUUACCCACAGCUUGAGAGUCAAGGUAUGUUUUCCUUAAGUGACUUCCACAUGGCCCCCCACCCCCAGUCGGGUGAUUCACCUUGAGCCAUGGGUAAGCUAGCGCCCUCAUAGCUCAGCAGAGCUGCACAUCCCUGUUUCAGAUGUGUUGCUUGCACUCCCGUCUCUGUUCUUGAUCUCUGCAAGAGGGCCUUUCACAGUGCCAAGACGGGAACGGGGUGUGCUGGGAUGGGAGGACAGGACAGUUACGCUGGCUGUCCGUCCGUACGCUAUGCGCCUCUCUGCUCUAGUCUUUGAACCCGGUUAAGACUCAGGGACUUUGGAAGAUCAGGUGUCACGGAGUGGCUUUAAACGGGAAAGUACUGUAGAAACGGAGUCUGUAGGCCUUUUGUUUUCUCAGGUGUUGUCAUUCUGGCCCUUUCUUUGCAGGCUGAUUAGAAAGGCAGAACAAGACAAAUGAGCUCCUGCCUGUUCCUAGAAGAGAGGGCUGGGGUCUCAUUAGCUCUGUAAUAGGAAGCUUGUUUUGUGGUAAUGGGUCAGGGUUGUGGAAACUGAUCCGCUCCUGGCGACUCCAGCCAUCCCGUUAUCCCUUGCCUAGUGACUGAGACUUUCAUUUGUCCAAAGCUCUGCGCUCCGUAUGGCAUUUCAGGCUCUAAGACUGGUCAUGGAUGUUCAUUUGGAGUUUGCCUCCUUGUGGUUCAGGCCUGCCUCCUUUAAGGGAGGAGCUUGCAGGCACGGAGGUCCUGUGCCCCUAGCAGCAUGCUCCCAGGAAGGCCAUGAAUGUCAGGUCACAGUGGCGAAAGGUUGGGCACUGUGUGGGGUUAACUGGAGAGGACACGGUGUGGGUGACCCCUGAGCUCCAGUCUUGUGUCAGUUUCUUUGAGCACAGUCUUCUGGUGGAUACUCUCCUGCAUCGAGCUACCUUCUCUGUGUGUCUGCUGCCACCACUUAACAAGGUGAUUGGAAUGAGUUUGCGAGUCGUAAUUUAUAUUAAAAAGAUGAUAGACUUUUAAGAUACAUUUUUUUUUCCAAUAAAAGAAUUAAGCAAAACGGUUUCAGAG